AUGGCCAUCCUCUGUGUUCUGCUCUCCCAGCCUGGCCAACAGACCACUGCCAACAUCACAGAACCUAGCCAGCCAAGUACAUUUCUAAAACUUAUUUCAUCGAAACACCAAACCACAACCAAAAAGGUUAAGCUUUCAAACCAAAAUCCUGUGUCAACUGCAAAGCUCAGCCAAGACUCCACAUCAUCUAAUCAAAGUCUUCUUGUCCCUGCUAAGCCCUCCCUUCCCCUCAGUCAUAGAGUUUCAGGAGAUGGCAGCUCCUCCCCCUCACAGCCCACCAUUAAAGUUGUGAUUUCAGACACCUGUGUCCAGCGAAAUGUACAGGGCCAUAAAACCAAUCAGACCAGUAACCAAGGCCAGGAAAUCACCCUUGAACAAGGUUCUCCACUCGUUUUGACUCAGAAAAUCAACCUGGUCCAGGACUCAUGUCCAGAGAGCUGCGGGGUGCAAUUUACAGCACUGCAAGUACGUUUAGAGAAGCUGGAGAAGGAAGUGUCCAUCCUAAGGAAGAAAUACAAUGGUGCUGAUGGCAUUUGCUGUCCCUCCCAACUGCGUGAAGGUACAACAAUGCCGCCUGUCCCCCAAGAGGGAGAGUGUCUGAAUGACUGCAGUGACCAGGGUCGGUGUGAAAAGGGAAAGUGCAUCUGUUUCCAAGGAUUCGGUGGCCCCGACUGCAGCUCUGUCACCUGCCCUUCCAACUGCCAUGAAGGGGGCAUCUGUGUGGAUGGCCAGUGCGUGUGUGAGAGCAGCUUCACAGGACCAGACUGCUCCAUCAAGUCCUGUCCCAAUGACUGCAGUAACAGGGGAAGGUGUGUCCAGGGUACAUGUCAGUGUGACACUGGAUUUUCAGGGAUUGACUGCGCUGAUAAAGCCUGUCCAGGGAACUGUAACAACAGAGGGCAGUGCUUGAAGGGGAAGUGCCUGUGUCAUCCUGGGUUCACAGGACUGGACUGUAGCAAGUGUGAAGCUGGAUUCACUGGAGCUCAAUGUGUUAGUGUAUUCCCAGGCAUUGACAAGAGACCAGUUAUUAAGGUGAAUGUGGAAACUGUAACAAUGAAGGUGGCACCAGGAACAGAUAAAAACAAUAGAAAGACAUCAGAGAAGACAAAGCUGAACAAGGCUAUACUCUCAAAAAUGGAAGAGGAGAAACUUAAGGCACAAAGAAAGAUGUGGAAGGAGAAGGUGUCUGGGGAAAAGGAUGAUUCCAAUAAAACAAGAGCAGAUUCCAGUCUGAAACAGAGCACUGAAAAAUCAGGCUCUAAAAAGGAAAAUGGAGUUGAGAGUACCCAAGAAAUGGAGGAAGAGGAGGCGGAGAAUGAAGAAGAUGGGAAAUAUGAGGAAGAUGAUGACGACAUGAAAAUUAAAUCAGAAGAUGCUUUCAGUCAAACGAAUAUAAAUAAAGGAGGUAAUGAAAAACAUAGUGCCAGGAGAAGUGAAGAUGCUGUCAACAGGGGCAAUAACAGCAACACCACUGCUUACACUUCUGCAAAACCCCACAGCAGAGCAGCCACUAGAAGGACAGGCAGCAAUAUUAGGAAGCUCUCAGUGGUUCCUGGCUCCACUCGUUUGUUGACCGUCCGGAACCUCAGGCCUCAGACACGCUACUCACUGUCCCUGUAUGGAACAAGCCCUGGAGUGCGCUCCAAAAUUCACCAUCUCACUGUCACUACAGCUCCAGAACCUCCCACUGAACUUCUGUUCAGCAAUGUGACAGAUUCCUCUCUGUCUGUCUCCUGGACGAAACCACGGAACCCAGUGACCGGGUACAAAGUCACCUACACCAACACUGAGAGUGGAAAGCCUGUUUCUCUCGAAGUCGACCCCCAGCACUCCAGUGUGGCUCUCUCUCAACUCCUCCCUGCCUCUUCUUAUGAUGUCAGUGUCACUGCCCAGCAUGGCCUGGACCACAGUGACUCCAUUACAGGCCUUGUUGUCACAGUCCCUGACCCACCCACAGCGCUGAAGGCUGUGGAUGUAACAGACACUAGGGCAGUGUUGCGUUGGGUGCCCGCCCUGGCAGCUGUUGACCGUUACAUCAUUGUUUAUGGGUCUAAGAGUGGGGCCAAAGUGACCACCGCGGUCUCAGGUGAUGUUCCUGAACUGCAACUGAAGGACUUACAGAGUGCAACAGCAUACACUGUGACAAUGACCAGUCAGCGGGACAGCCUGCAGAGCACCACUGUGAAUCUAACCUUCAUCACGACAGGCGGUAAGCAAUUCCUCAAGCCCAUGGACUGCUCCCAGCAGCUGCUCAACGGCAUGUUACACUCGGGGGUGGCACAGAUCUUCCCUGGAAGCAAGCAGGAUGAGGGCGUGCGGGUUUACUGCGACAUGGAAACUGAUGGAGGAGGCUGGACGGUGUUCCAGAGAAGAAUGAAUGGGAAGACAAACUUCUUUAGGAACUGGGAACAAUACAGCAAAGGCUUUGGCAAUCUCAGUGGGGAAUUCUGGCUCGGCAAUGAGCUGAUUCACAGCCUGACGAGCUCAAGGCCAAUGGUGCUGCGGGUGGACCUUCAUGCUGGUGCAGAAACUGCCUUUGCCAUGUACUCAUCUUUCUACAUAGGACCUCAGAGAAAGCACUAUGCAGUCAGACUGUCUGGGUACUCGGGCACUGCAGGUGACUCCAUGAAAUAUCACAAUGGGCAACCAUUUUCUACACGGGACAGAGACCCCAACCCCGUCCUCAGUGGGUGUGCCAGGUCUUACAGGGGAGGAUGGUGGUACAAGGACUGCCAUGAGGCCAAUCUCAAUGGCCUGUAUGAUAUCAACACCAACCACCAGGGUGUGAUCUGGACAGCCUGGAAAGGCAGAGACUUCUCCAUCCCCUUCACUGAGCUGAAGCUCAGGCCGGUGAACUUCGACCCACAGACUCAGGGAUAG